UCAAUGCAAGAUGGUGGUAAGAAUCUGCUACCUAAAUAAACAGUAAAACUGUGUAGGAACACAUCUCGUCAUCAUUGAAUACCUGUACUGUGGAAGAGUGCUUAUUUCAAACUAUCAGAUUAGUUUAAAGGCAGAACCCCCCGCCUAAACUAGUGUGAAUAUCCCUUGGAGUGGAAUCCCUGCAUUACAGGACCAGCUAGUUAAAACCCUCGGCUGAACCGCCAGACUCUCCUUAACCCGCCGUGCAAUAGGAUGUCCCGCAGUCCAGAACUGAAAGAAGAUCCAAUGGAGUGCCCACUGUGCAUGGAACCUCUGGAGAUUGACGAUGUCAACUUCUUCCCCUGCACCUGCGGCUAUCAGAUCUGCAGAUUCUGCUGGCACCGCAUCCGUACAGACGAGAACGGCCUCUGUCCUGCUUGCAGAAAGCCUUACCCGGAGGACCCGGCGGUAUAUAAGCCAUUGUCACAAGAGGAGAUUCAGAGAAUAAAGAACGAGAAGAAGCAGAAGCAGAACGAGAAGAAGCAAAAGGUGACGGAGAACAGGAAGCACCUGGCCAGCGUCCGUGUGGUGCAGAGGAAUCUGGUGUUCGUGGUGGGGCUGUCUCAACGGCUCGCCGAUGCCGAGGUUCUAAAGCGUCCUGAAUAUUUUGGGAAGUUUGGGAAAAUCCAUAAAGUGGUCAUCAAUAACAGCACGUCAUAUGCGGGUUCACAGGGUCCUAGUGCCAGUGCCUAUGUAACUUACAUCCGGUCAGAAGAUGCCCUUCGGGCGAUACAGUCUGUAAACAACGUCAUAGUGGACGGUAGAACACUAAAGGCUUCUUUAGGUACAACAAAGUACUGCAGUUAUUUUCUCAAAAGCAUGCAGUGUCCUAAACCAGACUGCAUGUAUUUACACGAGCUGGGGGAUGAAGCGGCCAGUUUUACUAAAGAGGAGAUGCAGGCUGGGAAACAUCAAGAGUAUGAGCAAAAAUUACUCCAAGACCUUUACAAAGCCAAUCCUACCUUUUUACAAACCUCGACAUGCGGAGAGAAGUCGAAGAGCAAAUCAAGUUCCACCCAGAGACCCAAUAGCACAAAUAAAGAAGGAUGGCCCUCAUUACAAAGCAAUGGCAAAAUGGUAAACGGUUUACCCACAGAGCAUCGCAAGUCCCCAACUCUUUUAGACUGCCUAACAGACUCAGAUCACAUGACACCAGAUGAACCAGACCCUGAACUGGGAACAGACCAAAACACAGGCCUCCCCCUCUUCCCAUCAGCCUUAGAGCCUACCAGUCCAAUUGACAAACCCUCAGAAUCCAUAAGUAUAGGAAAUGGGGAAAAUAUAUCACUGACAUCCAGUAGUGAUUCCCCAUCUCCUCCGCCUGGCCUUACGAAACCAAGUCUCGUCGUGCCCAUCAGCGUGGCCGAGCUCGCAGCACGUUCACCCUUCGAGGGGGCAGCGGCGGAGUCUCAGUCUCUCUUCUCAGACAACAGCAAUUUCAGGCACCCAAACCCAAUCCCUAGCGGCCUGCUACCCUUCUCCAGCUCUCCACAGGGAGCGUCCGACUGGCCCAUGACUCCAGAACCACAGAGCCUUUUCACUUCAGACACUAUCCCCGUGUCGUCCUCCACUGACUGGCAAGCGGCCUUCGGUUUCGGCUCGUCGGCCAAGCAGCAGCAGCAGGACGACGACCUCGGCUUCGAUCCUUUCGACGUCACGCGAAAGGCCCUGGCCGACCUCAUAGAAAAAGAGCUGUCGGUCCAGGAGCCGUCCCCCCUUUCGCCCAACCUUCGUUCUCACCAGACCAACCUCCCCAAUGGCCAACAGCACCUUCCUCACCUCCCGUACAGAGGCCUCUUUAACUCCUUCAGCCAGCCCCAUCACACAACCACACAGCAUCCCUGGAUGGGGCUCCCCACCCGCAAUAACCUCACACACUUGAACCACACAGCCGCCACGCACAGCCACUUCUUAGACCUGAGCAUGCCGGCCCAGCACCACAGCACCGGCCUUGGGGGAAUUCCUAUAGCAGAUAACAACGGCUCGGCAGAAAGCUUAAAUGUGAAAGAGUGGCAGGACGGACUGCGAGCGCUCUUACCAAAUAUCAACAUUAACUUCGGAGGCCUCCCGAACUCUACCUCUUCCUCGUCAUCUUCCUCCACUUCCAGCGUAAAUCACAUCGGGAUGCCGGUGGGCUCGACUGGAAUCUCACACAGCCUCAGUUGGGACAAUCCGGCCAGUUGGAUGGACCCUGCCAUCAUCACAGGUAUCCCAGCAAAUGCAGGGAACAGUUUGGACUGUCUUCAGGAUGACAAUCCGCCACACUGGCUCAAGUCCCUGCAGGCGCUCACAGAAAUGGACGGACCGCCCAGCACCAACGCUUUGCCCCAGCCCCCUCACACUGGCCUGCUGGACGCGGCGGCCGCCAACCUUUCCUUACACAGAGCCGCCUGGGCCCCGUAUCUCCCCCCUCCCACGCUGAACCCCAGUCAGUUCCACUCCCCACCUCCAGGCUUUCAGACAGCCUUCAGACCCCCAGCGCAGACCGCCACAGACAUCUUACAGAGCGCCGGCAUCGACCGUCAUUAAAGACACAAACUCUUAACUGCAUCAAAACAUGAAACCCCCUACCAUUAAUAACUUAACAUAAGCUCUUGUCUUUCUACCCUUUCUUCUCCAUCCCCAAAUUCUUUGUUUUGUUUUUUUGGAGGCACACACAAACCUUUGUAUGAAUAACAUCAUCGUCGCAGAGUAAUUGUGAAGUUGAGGUUCUCGCUGAAGGUCCUAACACACAUUCACACAUAACUCCAAAAGUGCUGACCUUGAAAAGUGCAAAAGAUGUAAUGUGCACACAUGACUAAUGAUGGCUACAAAGAAUGUGCUUAAAUUAAUCACACGUCAGAUUGGCCUUACUUCAUCCAGGGUACCGAUUGUAAUUUAAUACUGUGAAUCUUAACACUUCCCGUAUGUUAGGUCUCAGCCUCACUCGCAGGAAAUGGAAAAGAGAUUAGUUAAGGGCACAGUCUGUAUACUGCACUCAUUCUUUUGCGCUACUGGACCAGAGCCACAGAUGGGAUAUUUAAGUGCAUUUUUAGGGUAAAGACACUGGGUCCCCACCAGUAACAGACUUGCACUUGCGUAUUUCUGAGGGUGGAGCUUAUUUGAAUCGGACCGGUCCAUGAUGGGCUUGUCGAGAGUGAAGCUGUUAGAUCUAAUGGGGCGUCUACAAAUAACUUCAUUGUAAUAAAAUGAGGUGAGCAAGUCCACUGUGAAGGUCUUUAUUGGCUUGCUUAUAAAGCCUACACACAAGGUAUGAAUCAGGAAGUCGGGAACCUUUGGAAGAAUUGUAAUGGGAAUAUAGUAAUAGACGUGGGAGAUUGAGGAUAAUGCGAGUGUUGAAAGAGUUAAAACGGGCACAUGAUAACAUCUGGCCCAUUCUAGAGCCUUCAGAUAAUUUCUACUCCCUUUUCUCAUCUGUGUGGCCAUACUAAACAGUAUUUAUCAAAACCCAAUCACUCAUUCUUUCAGGAGAAAAAAAUCAAUGUAGUCCAACAUUUGGGUUUAACAUGCUGCUGAGAUCAUUUAAUACAAAAUAAAGAGCUAAAAGGAAACUGACCCCCUUUUCUUCUGGUCUGGAACAAUGAAAACCAAUAAAAUUGAGUAUUCAGUCCCUUAA